GUUACGGACUACACAUCCCAUCAGCCCCAUCACGGACUCUUCGCUUAACGUAUUUAGUCCAGCGACCGAGUGCUGACAUGGCUGCUCCCAUUGAAUUUGUUCGGCGCAUGAAACGGACAAAUAUUCUCAUCCUUUUGGGAUUCUUAAUCCCUUCCGCAACCGCACUCAUUGACGGAUUAUACUGCGGGACUGCGAUAUGCUACGACGUUCUUGGAGUUACCAGGGACGCAACCAAACCGGAGAUAGCUCGUGCCUACAGACAGCUGGCCAGAAAGUAUCAUCCCGAUAGAUUCCGGGUCGGAGAUCCAGGAUUAGCUGACGAGACUCCUGAAAGUGCGCACGAUAAAUUUUUGCUUGUUGCAACUGCUUAUGAAACGCUGAAAGAUGAAGAAUCGCGGAAAGAUUAUGAUUACAUGCUGGAUCACCCCGAGGAGUACUACAGCCACUACUAUGCUUACUACAGGAGGCGGUUGGCGCCUAAAGUGGACGUCAGGAUAGUGAUUCUGGUCACUGUGUGCGCUAUAUCAAUUUUCCAGUACUACAGCUGGUGGAGCAGUUACAAUGAGGCCAUCAGCUACCUGUCAACAGUGCCGAAAUACCGCAUCCAGGCCACAGAACUGGCCCGGCAGCAGGGGCUGCUGAACCGGACCAGGGAGAAGGGCCGGGGCCGUCGCUCCAAAGACGAGAUCCGCGAGGAGGAGGAGGAGGUCAUCCGUGACAUCAUCAAAAACAAGAUCGACAUCAAGGGUGGCUACCAGAAGCCCAAAAUCUCCGACAUCCUGCUAUGCAGAGUCAUCCUCUUCCCCUACUACCUGUGUGCCUACCUGGUCUGGUAUGCCUGCUGGACCUACAAGUUCACCCUCUGCAGGGAGCAGUACGGCGAUGCGGAGAAGUUCUAUCUCAUACGCCGGAAUAUGAAAAUGUCCCAGUCUCAGUUCGACAGCCUGGAGGAUCACCAAAAGGAGACUUUCCUGGAGAGACAGCUCUGGAUUAAGGAGAAGUAUGAGGUGUUUAAAGAAGAGCAGGAAGAGGAGAUGAAAAUGAAAAUGGCGGUGGAUCCCAGGUGGAAGAGAUACCGUCGGUGGAUGAAAAACGAGGGACCCGGUCGUCUGACCUUCGCCGAUGACUGACGUAUUGCACGUCAGUGCCAGUUUACACACAUGCACACACUGCAUGUACAUGCCUCAGCCUUGCACACAUCUACUUUGGCUUUCAAGUUUUUUGGCACAACUACAAUAAACUACAAAACUGAUAUAACAGAAUAAUUGAUAAGCAAUCAUUUUUUAUAGAAAAAUAACUCAAAAUAUGUGCAAUUUUAAUAUUAAAGACACAGAAGUGUUUUAUUAAUAGUAUUAUUUUGACAUAAAAAAAAAGAUCAAAUCUUUUCAUGCCUACAAGCAGUCUUUUGUGUCCCUGUUGGACUUGCAGAACUUCACACGUGCCUUAAGUUUCUCCAGUUUCUUGCUUGGCCUCAGAACCUUCUUUGUGCAUGUGUGUUUGUGUUUGAGUGUUGAAUACAAACAUACACACUAUUAGAAUCUUAUGAUUGUGAUGACCAGUCAAGGAUAUUGAUAAUUGCUGUUAGUUUUUGUCUUGCGUACAAAACCAUUUUCUUAAUGGCACAUAGUAGAAUUGUCUUCACCUUUCCCUUGCAAGUUGACCUUUUUGGUAACCUCAUUCUUCUCAAUCUUGGCUACAGCAGUGGAAGCUAUUAAGUUCAGCUUGUAAACUGUUCCUUUUAGAUACCACCUGACCUGGCAAAGUUAGUGAACAUGGAAUUUGUCUGUUAAAGGCUGCUGUCUACUUGAAUUGUAAUUAAAUCAUUUUAAUUUUCAGAAAUGUCUACAAAUCAAAUGUGCUGUCGAUAUAUGUAGUUCUGGUAUUAUUAGAAUUGUAAAUAUCUCCAUUUAUUCAUGAAAUUAUUUCUUUUCUGAAAUGUCAAGGGUACUGUUAAAUAUGGAGGCCUUUGUACAUAUGUGCAUAAUUAUAUA